AGAGAAAUAGCUUCCCAGUAAAACUAAAAGGGACAGAAGAGAUACUCCACAGGUUCCAUCAUGGAUAUUCUUUCUGAAGGAAAUACUAGAUUUGCUAUUACUCUUCUGAAAAAGCUUUGUGAAGAAAAACCAGGAAAUGUGUUGUUUUCUCCUCCAAGCAUUUCAUUUGUUCUGAACAUGAUUCUUUUGGGAACAAGGAGAGAAACAGCAGCACAGAUAGCACAGUUACUUUCUUUAAACAGAAGUGGAAAUGCUUUCUGGGGAUACCGGUCACUUCUUGCUGAAAUGAACAAGUCAUCCACCUGGUAUUUGCUUAAAACUACCAACAAACUCUUUGGAGAAAAUACUCUAAAUUUCUUCUCAUCCUUUAGGGAUUCCUGUUUCAAAUUCUGCAAUUCAGUGAUGGAAGAUGUUCGCUUUUCUCAAGAGACAGAGGCCAUCAGGAAACACAUAAAUGCUUGGGUAGCAGAGAAGACUGAAGGUAACAUUUUAGAUGCUCUACCUGAUGGUCUUGUUGAUCCACUUAGCCUGCUGGUCUUUGUGAAUGCCAUCAACUUUAAAGUGACCUGGGAGAGGGCAUUUGAUCCAAGGCACACACGGAUUGAUAUUUUAAAAGUCAAUGAGCAUGAGAAAACAACAUUGCAGAUUAUGAAGAAGAAAGAGGAGUUUCUGACAUCUUCUUUAGAAGAGCUGGGUGGACAGCUCUUCAUCUUUCCCUAUCGUGGAAUGGAAUUGACCAUAAUCUUUGUCUUUACUUCUGAUAGUGACCUAACUAAGUUGGAAAAAGGGCUUACCUAUGAAAGAUUUAUAUCCUGGACAAAGCCAGAAGCAAUGGCGUUGAUGGAAAAUCAUGACAAGACAUUUUUACUACCCAAAAUCAAGACAGAAGAGACCUGUGACUUGGAGCAUAUCCUCUACAGUUUGGGAAUGUCAAAUGCAUUUGAAGAGCAUAGGGCUGACUUUUCUGGAAUGUUGAAGCUCAAACCUUUGUCUUUAUCCAAGGUUUUGCAUACAUCUUACCUGGAGAUCAAUGAAGAGGGCAUCAAGGCAUCUGCUGCUACUGUAGCAGCAGAGAUACCAGCAGCUUCAAAAAGAGAUGAAGGACUAAAGGCUAACGGUUUCUUUCUAUUUUUUAUCUGGAGCUAUAAAACCAAAAGUAUCCUGUUCUGUGGCAGAGUUUCCUCUCCCUAA